AUGAAGCCAUUACCGGCGCUGAAUAUUAAUACAUUGAAUGCAUCGGUGGAUUCGGAAAAUGUGCAGAACAUCACCACACACGACCAGUUCAUACCAUUGGAAAAAGACGAAUUGGAAGACGAAAAACAUGACGAGUUGCAGAAUUCCAAGGCUGCCAUGAAAAAGCUUCAGCUGGCGUGUCUUUGUUCCUUUAUCUUCAUGUGUGUGCAAUUUGCCGGUGGCUAUUACGCCCAUAGUUUGGCCAUCAUGACGGAUGCAGCACACUUGAUGUCCGAUGUCGCAGGCUUUUUAGUAUCGCUCUUUGCAAUGUAUUUGGGACAGUUUCCUGCAUCGGCAACGAUGCCCUUUGGCUAUCAUCGAGCUGAAGUGAUUGGUGCACUGCUGAGUGUGCUACUCAUCUGGGUACUGACUAUUGGCCUCAUGUUUACAGCAGUGAGAAGGUUAAUUGAUCAAGGUAAUGCUGAUGCUAAGGAGACAGUGGACGGCAAAGUCAUGUUUCUGGUCGCAGUCUUUGGACUAGGCGUUAACCUUGUGCUGAUGAAGAUUCUGGGUCAUGAACACAGUCAAGGACAUGGGCAUGGACAUGGGGAUGGGAAUAGUCAUGGUCAUAGUCAUGGUCAUAGUCAUGGUCAUAGUCAUGGUCAUAGUCAUGGUCAUGGUCAUAGAUGUCAUGGUCAUGGUCAUGGUCAUGGUCAUGGUCAUGGUCAUGGUCACGGAUACUGUCCUGACGACAAGAAAAGUGUGGUGGAGCGGAGUCCUGGCCACAAUGUGGUGCAGACGCCCAUGUCGGCUAUGGCGCUGAUUGACUGUGUGGAGGAGCCAUUGGCGGACGGACUAGAGAGUCUGGCACCUAAGUCGUCAGUAUUUGAGAACAUUAACGUCCAUGCUGCGUAUAUUCAUGCACUCGGCGACUUCUUACAAAGUUUGGGCGUGUGUUUUGCUGGUGGACUUAUCUGGUACAACCCGUCGUGGCAAAUGGCGGACCCGAUUACGACGCUCUUGUUUUCCUUUCUGGUGCUUGGUACAACGAUUGGAGUGCAGACUCGGACGGUUCACAUUCUAAUGGAAGGCGCUCCACCUGAGCUAGACCUGCGUGUUGUCGAGAAGCAAAUUCGAGCGCUUGAAUGUGUUUAUGAUGUCCAUGAUCUUCAUAUUUGGAUGCUCACUGAUGGCCAUUACGCUGCCAGCGUGCAUAUUCUAUCAAACGGUGAGCCUCGUACGGCACUAAAAGGAACGCAACGCGUGCUGGCAUCUUUGGGCGUUCGUCGGCAAACCGUGCAAGUGGAGGAUCCGACUGAUCGCGAUUGGAAUGAAGACUUGUUCUGCAACUGGACGACAUACUCAAAUGUUGCGUUUGAAGCGGAGAGCAAGAUGUCGGUACCACGCGCUGGAACAAGGAAGGCAGCAGUAGCGCGUCUGCCUGGUAUAACUAUUGACUAG